GAAAUGAUCGUGUGCCCCAAUGACGUCACACGUAAUCAAACAUUCCACGCCUUUUAUGCGCUCUGUUUACAAUUUGCUUAGCAAAGCUGCGUAGCCGAGAUCCCUGCGAUGUUGCCUUUAACCAUCAUGAAGUAACAACAACAACUUUGACGACGUAAGUGGGCUACUUUCAGUCGACUUAGCUCGUCGGUAGCCCCAGGAAGUGUUCUGGACCCGAGAGACUGUGAGAACCCACACUGAGCCUGAUCCGCAAACAGCUCGUCCAGGAUCUGAUGCGCCACCAUCAUGGAUCACCAGGACUCUAUCAGCAUCCGCGUGUUCUCUCUCAACUGCUGGGGGGUGCGCUACCUGAGCAAGCAUUGCUCUCGGAGGUACGCCAUGAUCGGCGACAUGCUGCUCCAAGAAGAGCACGACGUGGUCCUCCUCCAAGAAGUGUGGAGUGAAAAAGACUACCUGUUCCUGAGAAAGAAACUGGCCGCUAGCCACGUCCACUCACAUUACUUUAAGAGCGGUGUUAUCGGCAGUGGAUUGGCUAUUUUCUCCAAGUACAGAAUCCAAGACACAUUUCUUUACCGCUAUUCCCUCAAUGGCUACCCAUACAUGGCUCACCACGGGGACUGGUUUGGAGGCAAGGCAGUCGGACUGGCCGUCCUGAACAUCGGCGCGCUGACCGCCAACUUCUACCUGACUCACCUGCACGCCGAGUACUGUCGGGAGAGGGACGCUUAUCUGCCUCACCGGGUGGUCCAGGCCUGGGAACUGCAGCAGUUCGUCCGCCACACAUCCGCCGGUGCCGACGUGGUGGUCCUCGGCGGCGACCUCAACAUGCACCCUCAGGACCUGGGCAACCGGCUCCUGACGACCUACACGGAACUGCGAGACGCCUACGCGGAGACUGAUAACUUUGACGGAUGUGAAGACGGUCUGACUCUGAUACUGGACAAUCCCUUCAUCAGCCAGAAGGUGAUCGCUCCCUUUGAGAAAGGCAUCCGAAUCGACUACAUCCUCUUCAAGGGUUCUUGCAAAGCUGACAUCAAGUGCGUGUCCAUGCGCACCACCAAAGGCUCCGUCCCGGGACAGGCUUUUCCCUACUCGGACCACGAGGCUCUGACGGCCGUGUUCACGCUCGCCCCGAGCGAAGCCGCCGGGGACCUUGGGUCGAGUAGUCGCGACUGUGAAGGAGGGGAGGUGGCCCGACUCGUGGACAUAUUGACGGAGGCCCGCACCGAGGUGAAAGUGGGCGUGCACUGCGCCGAGCGGAUGCGCUACACGGCAGGCCGCACGGCGGCCAUGGGCCUGGCCCUGCUCCUGCUGGAGCUGGCAAUCGCGGCCGUGCCCUGGCUCACGCUGGGAGCGGAGCAGGCCUUCCCGCUCACCUCCUUUUACCUGCUGGUGGCGCUGUGCUUGGCCAUCCUGCUGUGCACUUCGCUGCUCUUCAUCUUCUACACCAUGGAACUCAAGUCCCUGCAGGGCACCGAGGACCAGAUGAGGCUGGCCAUGGGCGGCCUGCAGGAGAAACUGCGGGGCUUCCCCGCGGCCAAGCCCCCCGAGGAUCCCAAGCCCGGCCACGUGUUCACCGCUGAGGAGUAAUGAGCCUGUUGAAAUCUUAGCCAUCCAUUUUCUGGACCACUUAUCAAAUGUUUGGAAACACUUUGCAGCUCCUAAAGUGUAUCAGAACAUUUGCAAAAUAGUGAAGUGCUUUAAAAAAAUCAGCCAAUCAUGAAGACAACAUCGAAAGCUAACCUUAAUUGAAUGCUUUGGACUCUUCUUAUGCUCCUUGUGGUCACUCCAGCUUCACUGUGACAAUGUUAAAUGCUGUACUGCUAAUAUAGUGUUCUUAAAGGCCAUCGGUGCAUCUUUCAUUCCGCCCACCCAGCACUUUGAGGGGGACCACAUAUUAGUGCGUUUACUAAAUGUACUUGAACAUUCACUCCAUUGAGCACACUCGUGCAGCUUUAAUCCCAAAACAUUUCACUCUCAGAAGGAAUUGUCAAUUGUUUGUACCAUGAAGUCAAUCUUCCUUGAUUUGAAUCCUGAAAAGAGAUGUCAAUGGUUGUAUCAUUUCAUUUGAUUAUUAGAGUGCAGUGCACUUAGUGUUAGUUGAUCAAUUUCCUUAGUACACAUGGCUGAGCCACAUGUUUCACUCAAGUUAUUUUACCGUGUUAAGCUUUCAUGGCAAAAAAAAUGAAUAAAUGAUUCAUUCCA